UUUCAGUUGAAAAAAAAACAACUUGUUUUCGUUUCAACAAACAAAAGGCAUUUCAUGAUUCAUUGUUAUUAUUUGAUAUUACAUAUUUGUCACAUGGUAAUAAUCUAAGGAAAAUAAAUUAUAAUGCAGCUUAGGUAAAUAUAUGUAAGAAAACUUAAAAACUACUAGUUUCAUCCCAAAAUGCCGACUAUGACGGACGAGCGUAAUUUUCGUUCAUCCUAUUACGAAAAAGUCGGAUGCCGCGGGGUGGAAGAGAAGAAAUCGCUGGAAAUACUUAUGAAAGAGAAACCGUGGGAUAGAGUAAAGCUGAAACAGUUCUGUCUGAGGUUUACGGUGCCAGCUGCAUAUAGAAAUUUAGUUUGGAAGGUAUUAUUAGAUAUCCUGCCAGUAUAUGCUGACUCGCAUCAAUUUGUGAUGGAACAACGGACAGAACAAUAUAAUGAUCUCUUGUAUGCAGCUGAAAUGUUGGAGAGAGUAGAGAUGACAGCCCCUCGAAGUGAAGUGCUAUUAGCAAUGUGGUUGCUUGAGUUAGAAGAACGUGAACCACCCGUAUUUCCAGAGACCAACUAUUCUUCUGCGGAUACAUUUAUUCCCAUCGCUAAAUCAUUGUUAGAAUUAUAUGACCAUGAAGUAGAUGUUUAUUGGAUCAGCAAGGGAUUAACAGAUAUUGUGCGAAAUAUGCAAAAGGAUUUAGUAAAACUAAAGGAAGCCUUUCAGAACAUGCUGGAAAAGGAGGAUGGAGAGUUGUACAACCACCUAAUAGAAAUCAAGGCAUUGGAGAAUUUGCCGUUAACUAAAUGGUUCAAUUGUGGCUUUGCUGGAGUUUUAGAUGAUAGUUCAUUAACAAAGAUUUGGGAUAAAGUAUGUAGUGGGGCACCAAAAAUUUUAUCUUUUGUGGCAGUGAUGUUGAUUAUGACCCUACGUAGGAAUAUUCUUAGAGCCACAUCAGCAGAUCAGGUGCUAAAAUGUGUGUCUGAGAUACCAGAGCAAUGUGAAGAAGUAGUAGCAAACAAAGCAAUUGAACUAUGGCAGUACUAUGCGCAACCACAAAAUGAUCAGCUAAAAAAAUGAUGUAUGACCUUCUAAUGAGUUAUUCUCAUUAGAAGAAAAUUGUGUUUAAAGGUUUCAAUGGAUGAACAUGGGUGCUUUUAUAUUGCUAGCCCAAAUAUUAAAUGGUUAAACAAAGUAUUUAUGGAGCCUUUUCAACUUAUGAAUGAGGCGACAUUUAAGAUGUUCACUGACUGUGACUAUGUGUAAAAGUUGUAGUUAAUAUAUUGCAUAACUUUAAAAUUAAGAAAAACAAUAAUGCAUGUUAAUACGAACUGUAAAAUUGUAAUUGUUUUUCUAUUAGAAAAUGUUUAAACAUUUACUAAACAAUGUAUGAACUUGCAAAUAAAAGCUUUCAGUAUACAUUAUA